AUGCCGUUUCUUGGAAGAGACUUUCGUGCUCCCGGACAGAAUUGGGUUCGGGCUCAUAAAGGGUGGGAAAUCCUGAUCGCUUUGAGAGAAAAAUUGAACACACACAUUCGAAGUCUGUCGAAAGAUAGAUAUGCGUACCUAAAUGAGAUGCCUGUGAGUGAACAAUUACCUGACAAAAAUAGCAAUAUGAACAAUAACAACAACAACAUGGAAAUGCAUGGAGAUAGAAAUGGUUGCAACAGAUCAUUGUAUAUUGUUAUUCCAAAGGGAAGAAAAGAUGCUGGAUUUAUGGCAGGUACAGUCAACAUAGCAGAAAUCAUGACCAGACUGGAUUUUGGGGGAGUUGCCAGAGAUCCACGAAGGUUUAACUACAUAUGCAAGGUAUUGUCGUUAAUUGUGACAGAGAAGUUCAACGAAGUAAGUGGAACUUCACAGAAACAUGUUAUGAAUGUCAUUGGUCAAAUUGUCAACAUCGUUUGUGAAAGUACCCAGAAUAUUCGAGAGUGCCAAUGCCUUCUGAAGCUUAUUGAGAAAGCAAUGAAAGACGGCAGACAUACCCACGUCGGAAGUACGAAAGUCUGGCAGAAAAAACUGGAUACAGUCCACGUGUGGCAAGAAAUGCUGAACAAUAUUGAAUUGUACGAGACGGGAGGAAUUUGCUCUUCAUGUGCGAAACAGUCCACAGAAGUGCCGCUGGCCGGCUGGGGAUCGAUCGUACAGUACCAAUCGGAAAUAAGCUAA